GUGAGUGAGCUGUCAACAAAAGUUAUGCUGCCGCACCUCCUUCUGUGCACCGUAUUCGAAUAUGAUGUCGAAUAUGCAUCAGCUAGUGGAAGAAUAGACAACUGAAGAGCGCCCGAGGAAGGCGGAACAGGGAGAAGUGUUCUCUUCAACACAUUGCAUCGCGAAGCAGCAGCCAUCGACAGCAAGUUUAUUCGAGCGCCGCGAGAAAAGACCCGCCGAACUGGACUAAAGUUGUAGCUCUGGCAUCGUUUGACGGACAUUUUUGCACUGAAGGUGCAAACUUUGUGCUGGAUUUGUUCCGUUGUUUGUGAUCCGUUUGGAACAAUAAAAGUGCCUGUGGAAAGUACAGAAUUUUUACUACAAGUGGACGUAGAAACGGUGAAAAUCGGUUCCGAUUUGUUGGCUCUAGAGCGCUUCGGAAUUUCCGUCUUGCGGGGUGCGCUUUUUACAAAUCGCCAUUUUGAACAUUCGGUUUUGUGUGUUCUUGCUUUUGGAUUUCUCUGGUGCAGUUCAGGUAAAUUGUGAUCUAAUUCGGAAACAGUUUAGCGAAGAAAAAGUGCUUCAGUUAUUUACUAGUGGUAGGUUACUGGCAUAGGGUCCUUCAGAAUGGCCCACCAGAAUAAACCGGUCAGCAUCGUGAUACAGGAUCCCAAUGGUCAGCAGCAAAUCCUACAGGUAAGGCAAACGGCUACGACUACCGGCCGGCCAUUGACGUCGGCCAGCGUGAAAUCGAUCGUGAAGGAGGUGACCGGUCAGGAAACGAGUGCAAUUAUAGCUGGACAGAGUUUUGCUACACCUGUUAUGCAGAAACUGGCACCUGGACAGAAGAUAAUCACAGUGAAUAAUCCAAAACUGCACAUUGUCAACUCUUCUGCGUCUAAAAGUGCCAACGGCAAACCACUAGUACGACUAUCUCCUUCACAAUUGGGUCAGCUCAAACUCAUCGCAGCUCCCGGUACACCCAUAUCCGGCAGAAACCUAACCGCCAUGCUAGCGCCUUCGACUUCGGUCGCCCCGUCCAGUUCAGUAGCUACAGUUGUAGCACCGACAGCUUCAUCAUCCUACAUCAGCACAAAUCAGGUGACAAGUGGAUCGAUCAUGACGAUGCCCGUCACCCGGCUUCCACCACCUCCAUCAACAACGGUUACGGCACGUGGUUCGAAGGGAUCUCAUCAAGCUCAAACCAAUCAGCACCACAGCCAGACACAGUACAAUUAUGGUAAGAAAGCCGCCGCCAGUCAGAUUCACACACCGGCAUCCCGGCGGAGAAAGACGGACAAAGUUGGUCGCGGACUUCGGCACUUUUCCAUGAAGGUAUGCGAGAAGGUGAAGGAGAAGGGAACAACCACGUACAACGAAGUGGCGGACGAGCUGGUCGCCGAGGAAACACAGAGCCACCCGGGGGUGGAUCCAGCUUCAUACGAUCAGAAAAACAUUCGCAGGCGGGUGUACGACGCAUUGAACGUCCUGAUGGCGAUGAACAUCAUUUCCAAGGAGAAGAAAGAAAUUCGCUGGCACGGCUUACCCACCAGCAGCGUUCAAGAGUGCGACGAUCUUGAGAAGGAGAACGAGCAAACCCGCAAACGAAUCGAGCUGAAGCAGCAACAACUGAAGGAGCUGAUCUUGCAGCAUGUAGCGUUCAAAUCGCUUGUCGCACGGAAUCAGGAAAACGAGGACCGGGGCCUCGUACCGAACCCCAACUCCGCCAUUCAGUUGCCAUUCAUUAUUGUAAAUACGGAGAAGAAGACUCACAUCAACUGUAGUAUUUCGAACGACAAGUCGGAGUUUUCGUUCAAAUUCGACAACGCCUUUGAAAUUCACGACGAUCUGGAAGUGCUGAAGCGAAUGGGAGUAUUGCUAGGUUUGGACAAGGGAGAAUGUACCGUUGAAGAUAUUUCGAAAAUUAAAUCCAUGGUUCCGAAAUCACUGGAGAGAUACAUUGAAUUAUUCGGGCUUGGCAUCGAAAACGACACGGAGGACUGGGAGAUGACUUCCGCAUAUACCGGUCACGAUUACGACGAUAGUGUGCAGGAUGCAUCCGAUCUGAUGUCCAGCGGCUAUCAGGAUAACAACAGCGAACUCAACGAAGAUAGCUUGAUAUCCGAGGAUGGACAGGAUGGUUAGAUUACGCACAGCCCAAUCAGAAACUGGGCAUCGUUGUGGAAGGGUUUCGGUUGUUACAUUUUUUCUCUUCAAAUAGUUCUUCGAGUUGCGAAGUUCUCUAGCACACCAAACCCUCGUAGAAAGGGUUGAAAGUAUGCAUCUGCACUAGACAUCUUUAACUGUAUGUGUGUGAGAGAGAGAGCUCCGAAAAAAAGUGAAUAGAUUUCGUGUAGCAUGCUAUCAGCAUGCCUCAUUAUGAACUGCAGGGGUCUGUUAAGAAUAAAACUGAGAGUGCAGGGGUUAAUGGUUAAGAAACGAAAUAGCACAGCUGUGUAAUGCUGUCCUUCGAUCUUUUGCGAGGUUUUUAACAAUCUGCAGCAAACAAAUGUUACUCUUAAGAACGUUUCAUGUGUAGUACAUACACAUAAACAUACAAAUCGUUAUUGUUAAAAAACGCAAGCAACUCGUAGCAAGUAUGAGUGGAGUAAACUUGAUGUUGUGCAAAAGUGGCACAGGUGUCCGUAGAAUCAGGUGUAGGAAUUCAAUGGUUCCAUUUUGACGAAUGGAACAGUUGAGGGGAGUUACAUGAAACAGUAAAAUUCACUAGAAAAGGCCUGGACUGAGAUAACAAUGAAACAGCAACCUAGUUAAUUAACAAUGCACCGGAGAGUACAGAAAUAACAUUUUCACUUCACUUGAUGCUUCGAAUAGCCAAACUAAUAUCUGAAACCAAUAUGAAAACUAGAGAAAAAACAACCGGAAUAGGUUCGCGUUUUGUUAUAUAAAUACAUGAACACUAGCGAAGCGAGGAAUGAGUUUCUCAGCUUCAACAGAACAUCCCAUUUAUACAAGCAAACAUCUCAGGCUUUUAUUUCUGUCUAUACGAAACCAAUUAAUCAAUACAUAUAUUUUGCAUCAUCGUUCAGUACGUAGCUACUAGCUAUUAUAUUACAGGCAAAUAGUAAGUAGGAUUUACAUACCAAGUCGUGUCAUAUUUUCUAGCCGUGUGUCAUUUUCUUUAUUUUUCAAUCCUGUUUCAUUUUGCAAGUAUAAAAAAGACAUUUCCCCCAACCAAAUCACAUUAUUAUUAUACGUUUCUUUAAGGAUUCUGCGACGUUAGAACCAUGUUGUCGUUAGCUAUUCAGCCAGCCAGAACUCGUUCUCUCGGUUGUAGGUUAUAGUUUGUACAUAUUUACUUUGCUUACCCUAAAUCUCUCCCUGCCCUGAUUUCCUAUCCUACUUUAAACAGAGUUCAUAAAUCUGAACACAACUAUUCUGUUGACACCACAUACAAAUCGAUAAGGUUUGCAAAAAAAUGCUCUGCGACGAGGAACCGAAAACGGUACAGUAGAAUGUAGAUCAAGAAAAGCUUGCAGUACUGGUACAACCCAACAAAUCACAGAGACUCCAUUGUGCUUCACACCAUUUUGUCACCGUCAUAAGCAGGUUGUUCAAACUUUUCGGUAUAGUCAGCAAUAAUUUAAUCCUAUAAUGCUAUUAGCACCACAAUUCUAGUGGAUCAAACAAUGAAACGAACCUAACGCAUGAGAUUGUACAUAUUUAUUGGGCUUAACCGUAAUGAAAUCUAAAAAUUCAUAAAUUGUAUUAUUAGGAAGCCACAAAGCUAUGAGGAAAAGCCAAUGCGCGGAAAGGAAUGUUCCGAAGGGGAACUACUCAGACAAAAAGCUCCAAUCAAAGCAUUUGAAUAAAUAUAUAAGUACAUUCGAUAAAUUAGUUGUUCAGGGAGGAAUAUCAUCGAAAUGCGUCAACUCAUGUGGACGUCUUAUUUUCACCUUCAACCCCGAUUUUUGUUCUAUAAUUAAAGCAGUAGAAAGCUAAGCUAAA